AUGUGUAAGGAUCUUUCGAAUUUCUUUAGUGGUUGGGGUUCGACAUAUCUUAAUAUGACCCUACUGCCAGAUAUUCUACUUAGCACUCCCGCCGAUGGUUCCAAUCGUCAGUUUAAUCAUUUUUUGCAAUUUGUUAAAACUUGUGAAUUUAAAGCGUAUGAUUUUGGCCCCGAGGGAAAUAUGUUGAAGUAUGGCACAGUGAAACCUCCGUUGUAUGAUUUGAAAGCCAUUAACACUGAACAACCCAUGGAAAUGUAUUUUUCCGAUAAUGAUAAUAUGGCAUCGUUGGAAAAUGUGAAACAGUUGUACGAUGUCCUGGGGCAAGGCUGCAAUUGGAAUCGUCUUAAACUUGACAAAUUUAAUCAUUUUGAUUUUGCAUUGGCCACAAAUGUUGGCGAUGUUAUCAAUCAGUGUUUGGUAGCUAAAAUGCAAAAAUACGAAGGUCUCCCUUUCGAUGCGGAACAUU